AUGCGAUCAACUCGCCAAUUCGGUAAAUUCGUUGCUUUUCAAAACGGCUUUAGUUCCUUCUUCGGCGAAUUUCUAUUGCUGGAUGAGGUGCGCCUGCUGGAGAAGACGAACAAAGACGUUUGGGAUAUGCUGAUGGUCUUCGCUUUUGGCUCACUCUCCGAUCUCCCAGCCACCACCUCACUAUCAGAACCGUUGACGCUCAAACUGAAGCAGCUGACCCUGAUCUCGAUGGCCACCAGGGAUCGCCGUAUUUCGUACGAUACGCUGGGCCAAGAGCUCAAACUAGACUCGGAUCAUGCCGUUGAGGAGUUGGUGAUCGAUGCAAUCUACAAAGGACUAAUCAAAGGUCGUCUAAAUGGAUGCGGUCGUUACGUCGAGGUGGAAGAGUGGCAAGCACGUGAUCUGCACCCGGACAAGAUUGCCGAAAUUCGAAAGGCAUUUGACAGCUCGCUCCAAAACGUUGGCAAUGUUGUCGCGGAAUCGCAGGCAAUGGCUAAGCGCGAGGAAGCUUUGACGUUUUCGGCCAACUUCGAAGAAGAAGCCCGGAAUAUUUGCAUUCAAAAAGCCCGCGCGGAAGUUGAAGAGGAAAUGCGAUCGGUCGGCCCGCCAAAUUACGCCCCGUCUCGACCGUCGACAUCGACAGCUGGGUUUCAGCUGGGCCCGAGGCGUCGCAUCCCGGGUCAGAAGCGCACCCAACUGUCCAAG